GCGGCGAAGCGGGAGGGGUGGUGGCUGGCUGGCGUGGGAUCCUCAGCUAGAGGAGGCUGGAGCCGCGUCUGUUGCGGGCAGAGUGCGGAGGCCUCGCUGUGCUCAGUGCAGGCUCAGAUGAUUGACUUUUAUGCAUGUUCUCCCUUUGGUGGUAUUGUCAACCCAUGUUGAAUGCUGAGAGGGAAUCUUGGAGAUUGCAUAAAUCUUUGUUGAAAACUUGGCUGCAGGCAGCUGAACUGAAAUUAACUGCUGCCUUCUGGCUGUGGAGCACUAUUCUAACGUUCUUGUAUGAUAGUCUGUAGACUAAAUCAUGCCAGCUUUAUCAAAUGGAUCUGGAAGUGACACAGGUCUGUAUGAGCUGCUGGCUGCAUUGCCAGCCCAGCUGCAGCCACAUGUAGACAGCCAGGAAGACCUGACCUUCCUCUGGGAUAUGUUUGGUGAAAAAAGCCUUCAUUCACUAGUAAAGAUUCAUGAGAAACUGCAUUACUUUGAAAAACAGAGCCCUGUACCCAUACUCCAUGGUGCAGCAGCCUUGGCAGAUGAUCUGGCUGAGGAGCUGCAGAGCAAGCCAUUGAACACCGAGAUCGGAGAGCUGUUGAAACUACUGUCGAAACCAAAUAUCAAGGCUUUGCUCUCUGUACAUGAUACUGUUGCUCAGAAGAACUAUGAUCCAGUAUUGCCUCCCAUCCCUGAUGAUAUUGAUGAGGAGGAAGAUUCAGUAAAAAUAAUCAGACUGGUCAAAAAUAGGGAACCACUGGGGGCCACUAUUAAAAGGGAUGAACUUACUGGUGCAAUUGUGGUGGCUAGAAUAAUGCAAGGAGGAGCUGCAGACAGAAGUGGUCUUAUUCACAUUGGUGAUGAACUUAGGGAAGUCAAUGGGAUUCCUGUAGAUGAUAAAAAACCUGAAGAAAUAAUACAAAUUUUGGCUCAGUCUCAAGGAGCAAUUACGUUUAAAAUUAUACCUAGUAUCAAAGAGGAAACAUCCACAAUAGAAGGCAAGAUGUUUAUGAAAUCCCUAUUUGACUAUGAUCCUACUGAGGAUAAAGCAAUUCCUUGUAAAGAAGCUGGGCUUUCUUUCAGAAAAGGAGAUAUCCUUCAGAUCAUGAGCCAAGAUGAUGCAACCUGGUGGCAGGCUAGACAUGAAGGUGAUUCCAAUCCCAGAGCAGGCUUGAUCCCUUCAAAACAUUUCCAGGAGAGGAGAUUUGCAUUGAAAAGACCAGAAGUACAUAUGCAGCAACUGAAAAUUUCCAACAGAAAAUCAUAUGAGGAAAUGGUUGAAUGUGAGGAAAUUGAAGAAGAUGCUGAAUGUGCUGGUUACAACAGUGGAACCUAUAUAGCUGGUUUUAGGAGAAGCUUUCGUCUUAGCAGAAAAGAUAGAAAAACAAAUAAAUCCAUGUAUGAAUGUAAGAAGAGUGAUCAGUAUGAUACAGCAGAUGUCCCAACAUAUGAAGAAGUUGCACCAUAUCGACGACAACCUAAUGAGAAAUACAGGCUUGUAGUUUUGGUCG